AUGGAGUUUCUUUUGUACAGUUUUCUUCUACUCCUUCCUCUUUUUCCUCUAUAUUUUCUCAUUAAAUUCAAAAGCAGCAGAAAUGAUGGUUUACUUCCUCCUCCUGGUCCUGCCAAGCUUCCAAUCAUAGGCAACUUGCAUCAACUCGGAAAACGACCGCCUCAUCAAGAGCUACGGCGCCUAUCUCAGAAAUACGGGCCUGUCAUGCUCCUGCAGCUAGGCAGUAUACCUACACUUGUAAUAUCAUCUGCUGAAGCUGCAAAACAAGUACUGAAAACACAUGAUCUUGAUUUUUGCACCAGACCUCCUUUGGCUGGAAUGAAACGCCUUUCGUAUAAUUACUUGGAUGUUAUUUUUGCACCUUAUGGAGAAUACUGGAGAGAGAUUCGGAAAAUAUGUGUGCUUGAACUUCUAAGUGCCAAAAGAGUGCAAUCUUUUAAGGUGAUCAGGGAAGAAGAAAUUGCAUCCGUAAUCUAUUCUAUUUCGGCCUCGGCGCCAUCUGCUUCUGUUGAUGUUUUUGAAAUGUUUGCUAGGUUCACAAAUAGAACUCUUUGUAGAGUUGCUUUUGGUGGCAUGAAAUUUGAUGAUGGUAAACUUAAAGAAACUCUCGACGAAAUCACAAGUCUAAUGAGUGGUUUCUCGGCGUCUGACAUUUUUCCUAGAGUAGGUUGGAUUAUUGAUAGGCUCACCGGAAUGCAUGGGAGACUUGAAAAAUGCUGUCAUGAUUUGGAUAAAUAUUUUCAAGAUAUUGUGGAUGAACAUCUCAACCGGCAGGAGAGAUUGAAGUCAUCAGAACAUGAGUAUGACCUCAUAGACGUUCUGUUGAAACUAGAGAAGGAUCUAACGAGUCCAAUCCGUAUCAUUAACGACCAUAUCAAAGCGAUCCUUAUGAAUGUGUUUCUUGCUGGAGUAGACGCAUCAGCUGUAACCAUGAAUUGGGCAAUGGCAGAACUAAUAAAAAAUCCCGCAGCAAUGAAAAAAGUGCAAGGCGAAGUUCGAAGUUACAACGUAGGAAGAAACACUGACAAGGUAGAGGAGAAAGACCUUGAUCAUUUGCAAUAUCUUAAAAUGGUGGUUAGAGAAACUUUAAGACUACACUCUCCGCUUCCAAUGUUGCUUCCCAGAGAAAGCAUGAACAACUGCAAGAUCGAUGGAUACGAUAUAAAGCCAAAGACAAGAGUGCUAGUAAACGCAUGGGCAAUCGGGAGAAAUCCGGCUUAUUGGUAUAAACCAGAUGAGUUCAACCCUGAGAGGUUCAUAGAUAAGUACUCCAAUAGUACUGAUUAUGGAGGACAACAAGAUUUUGAGUACUUACCUUUUGGAGGUGGUCGAAGAGGCUGUCCUGGGAUAAAUAUGGGACUGGUAACAACUGAACUCGCGCUGGCGAAUAUGCUAUACUGUUUUGAUUGGGCAUUACCAGCAGGGAUGAAGAUCGAAGAUGUAAGUAUGGAUGAAUCAUCUGGUAUGGUUGUCCAUAAGAAAGACCAUCUUCAACUUGUACCAAUCAAAAAGAAAAAUCUCUAAUUCUCUGGUGUGUAUUGGGCUUCCAAGA